UUUCCAGGAAAAAUUAUAUUUAGAACAAAAGAAAAAUUAUGCACGUGACAGCGAUGCAGGACCAUCUCAGGUGAACAUUUCAACUGAGGAAUCAAGUACUCAUAGCGAAAUGAAUGAGUUAGAUUCUGUUUUAAAGCAAUUAAAAAGAGAUGAAAUUGCUGACAAGAAGGAUAUCAUGACAACUGAUGGUGGAACAUAUAAACCAGUACAUAGCACUGUCGAUGCUCAAAUAUUGUCAAUAAUGGGCGAUCAGGUGAAACCACUUUCAAAUAGCUGUGAUAGUGCAUCUAAUUAUUAUAAAAAUGUUGAAGAUGUAAUUUUUUGUGAUGCAUCGAAACCUACAGAAACCGUUAGCUCUGAUGCUACUAAUACAUCUGACACUAAUGAUACAUCCAAUAAAGCAUCAUAUAAACAUCUAGGGAAGAUACAAAAAAAGAAAAUAGUUCCUAAAAACAAUAUAUUAAAAAAACAAUAUUAUGAAAAAAAGAUGAAGACUUUGACUGAGUAUUUGACAGACGAUGGUCAAUGA